UUGAGCUACCUGCUAACUUUGCUUCAUCGUCUGAGGAGAUGUUACUGGCUAAACGCAGCAUGUCAGAAACACUCGAGAACAUGGCCUGCCAAGGGGAUCAUGAAGGAGAAUUAUGCAGACUGGCGAGGGCGAGUUUGUUGCUGAUGAACAGCAAGAAUGAAAUCAGCGCACGACUGCAACAGUUUGUGGAGGAAAGGAUGCAGACCACCAUGCUCACAGGUGUACUGAUUGGAGCUGUAGUCGCCAUUUCACUGAUCGGCAUUGUGGUGCUUUUCCUUUACAGGAGAUUCAAGCUUGCUCGUCAAAAACAGUCCGGUGUACCUCAUUAUCGCUUCAGAAAACGAGAUAAAGUGCUCUUCUAUGGAAGGAAGAUCAUGCGAAAGGUCCAGACGCUGUCAGAGAUUCCUUCUCCCAACUCUGCCUCAGUGAUGAAGCAACCGCAGCGCAUACGCAAACGAACCAAAGUCCUCAGUAUAGCUCGCAAAAUCCUGAGGAUCCGCAAAGAUCCUCCCACCCUGCAGCCGAAGGAACCUCCGCCCUCCCUGCUGGAGGCUGACCUUACAGAGUUUGAUGUGCAGAGCUCAAACAUGCCCUCUGAGGUGCUCUAUAUGCUGAAGAAUGUCAGAGUCUUGGGCCAUUUUCAGAAGCCCCUGUUCCUCGAGCUGUGUCGCCACAUGGUGUUUAUCGAACUGCAGGAGGGUGAAAGUCUUUUCAGGCCGGGAGACGAUGACGACAGCAUUUACGUGGUCCAGGACGGACGACUCGAGCUCUGCAUCCACGAGAACGAUGGUACUGAACCAGUGGUGAAGGACGUGCUUCCAGGAGACAGUGUCCACAGCUUGCUCAGCAUUCUGGACGUCAUCACUGGUUAUCCAGCCCCAUAUAAGACUGUAUGUGCACGGGCUGCAACUCGUUCAACCAUCUUACGUUUACCUGCAUCAGCCUUUGAGUCUGUGUUUAAGAAAUACCCAGAGACGCUUGUUCGCGUCAUUCAGAUAAUCAUGGUGCGCCUCCAAAGAGUCACCUUCUUGGCGUUGCAUAACUAUCUGGGCCUAACAACUGAGCUCUUCAAUCCGGAGAGUCGGGCGGUGCCCUUGUCCAACAUAAACAGUGUGUUGGGAGAUGCGACUUCCUGGAAGACGACUCGUCGUUUGUACUUCCAGGACGAGUUGCCCACUGGGACCCCGGAGAGCUCCACAGAGUCAGACGGUGUAAAGGACAGUCCUUCAAGCAGCUACAGGAAGCUGCGAACCACGUCAAUGGCCACCGACUGCGCAGGUAAUGACCUGAACAUGGCUUUUGAACGAGCUCGAGUCACUAUAGAUGAGGCUCCAUCCAGUCCAGUCACUCCCAAAUCCAGUCUGAAGAAGAGUGUGACAAUGCAGCACACACCCUCCGAAGUGUUUCACUACACAGACAGUGGGGGGCACUCUGAUGCCGUUCACCUCAGUAAGAGUUGCACAAUCCUCCAGGCUGCUAAAAAGGACCUGCUGGGAAUCAUCCAGCUGCAGGACCCCAGUCUACUUGAGGGCAGAGUGACCCUCCAUCAAGUCAAAGCUGGUUCUGUGGUGGCUCGUCAGGGAGACCAGGAGGUGAGCAUCCAGUUUGUGAUCUCUGGCCUCCUCCAUGUUUACCAACGGAUGAUUGACCGCGAAGAAGAGACGCGUCUGUUUGUGACGCACCCUGGAGAGCUCGUCGGUCAACUUGCGGUCCUGACCGGAGAGCCCCUCAUCUUCACUGUUCGAGCUCAGCGAGACUGCAUCUUCCUUUCCAUUUCCAAAACCCACUUCUACGAGAUAAUGCGCGUGGAGCCCAAGGUUGUGCUGAACGUUGCUCACACGGUGGUGAGGAGGAUGUCAUCUUUUGUCAGGCAGAUAGACUUUGCUCUGGACUGGAUGGCUGUGGAAGCGGGCAGGGCGGUCUACAGACAAGGAGAGAAGUCGGACAGCACCUUCAUCGUGCUGAGCGGUCGACUGCGCUCCGUAAUCAUGAAGGAAGAUGGAAAGAAGGAGCUCAUAGGAGAGUACGGACGCGGCGACCUGAUUGGAGUGGUGGAGACCCUGACCCAUCAGAACAGAGCCACCACAGUGCACGCUGUACGAGACUCUGAGCUGGCCAAGUUGCCAGAAGGAGCUCUCAGCUCCAUCAAGAGAAAGUUCCCGCAGGUGGUCACCAGGUUGAUCCACUUACUGGGACAGAAGAUCCUCCAGCAGGUCAAUGGUCCUCUGACAGCUCGCAGUUUGGCCCUCCACACUCCUGGCAGUAAGUGGGAUGCAGGGAACCAGGCCUCCAACCUUUCCACUGUGACGGUCCUGCCUGUAUCCGAAGAAGUACCGCUCACUGCCUUCACCCUGGAGCUGCAGCAUGCACUCAUAGCUAUAGGUCCGACUCUUCUGCUGACCAGUGAGGUUAUCAAACAGCAACUCGGAGCUGCGGCAUUAGACAGUGUCCACGAGUAUCGUCUGUCCAGCUGGCUGGGCCAACAAGAGGAUCUCCAUCGCAUCGUUCUUUACCAGACGGACUACACACUGACCCCGUGGACACAGCGGUGCAUUCGUCAGGCUGACUGCAUCAUUAUUGUGGGACUAGGAGAGCAGGACCCUGUCGUUGGGGAGCUGGAGCGUAUGUUGGAAGGAAGUGCAGUGCGUGCCCAGAAGCAGCUGGUGCUUCUGCACAGAGAAGACGGGCCCCCCCCCAAAGGAACUGUGGACUGGCUCAACAUGCGGAGCUGGAUCUCCAGACACCUCCACCUCUCUUGUCCCCGCAGGGUCUUCUCCAAGAGGAGCCUUCCCAAACUGUUGGAGCUGUAUCAACGUGUGUUUGAGAAGCCGGCAGACCGCCACUCAGACUUCUCACGCCUGGCUCGAGUCCUUACAGGCAACACCAUUGCUCUCAUUCUGGGAGGGGGAGGGGCCAGGGGCUGCUCCCAGGUGGGGAUAAUGCGAGCUCUCUGCGAGGCCGGCAUCCCAGUGGACCUGAUUGGUGGCACCUCUAUCGGUUCCCUGAUGGGGGCACUAUAUGCUGAGGACCGUAGCCACAGCCGCAUGAGAAUGAGGGCCAAAGAAUGGGCGAUGGAAAUGACAUCUGUGUUUAAGAAGGUUCUGGAUCUGACCUACCCGGUCACCUCCAUGUUCUCCGGCGCUGCGUUCAACACCAGCAUCAGCAACGUCUUCAAGAGCAAACAGAUUGAGGACCUCCGGAUCCCGUAUUUCAAUAUUACAACUGACAUCACUGCCUCUGCCAUGAGGGUACACACUGAUGGUUCUCUGUGGCGGUAUAUUCGUGCCAGCAUGUCUCUGUCCGGGUAUCUGCCUCCUCUCUGCGACCCAAAAGAUGGACACCUGCUGAUGGAUGGAGGCUACAUCAACAACUUGCCCGCCGAUGUGGCGCGCUCCAUGGGGGCCAAAGUGGUGAUCGCUAUUGAUGUGGGCAGCCGGGAUGAAACCAACCUCACUAAUUACGGCGACUCCCUCUCAGGCUGGUGGCUGCUAUGGAAACGGCUCAACCCCUUAGCGGAGAAAGUAAAGGUGUUAAACAUGGCAGAGAUUCAGACUCGGCUGGCCUACGUGUGUUGCGUUAGGCAGCUGGAGUCUGUGAAGAGCAGCGACUACUGCGAGUACAUCCGACCUCCAAUCGACAGAUACCGAACCCUGGAGUUCGGCAAGUUUGAUGAGAUUGCCGAGGUGGGAUACCAGCACGGAAAGACUGUGUUUGACGUGUGGACUCGCAGUGGAGUGGUGGACAAGAUGUUGAAAGACCGACACCAGGAGGAGUUCCACAACACCCAGAGAAAGAAUAAUGUAUUGUCAUGUCCCAACGCUUCCUUUACGGACCUGGCAGAAAUUGUGUCGCGCAUCGAGCCCGUCAAACCUGCUCUGGUGGAUGAGGAGUCAGACAACCAAACUGACUAUGAAGAGGAGGCGAUGGAGAGCGCUCAGUCGGACAUGGAGCUAUACAAUCGCUAUGGAGAGCACACUGAAGGGGAGGAGACUGCUGACACGGAUGAAGAGCUUGAAGGGAGACGUGCAGGCCACAUUACCUCACUCUCCAGCAGCCACCCCCAAACUCCCACCAUCUCCGACAGUCCAUCAAACCAGGAAGUCCUCCCUUAACAGUCCAUUAAGAGAAGAACAGUCUUGUGACCCCCCCGCCCCCCCCAGCUCGUAUCGCAGCGUCCCCUCCGCUGUACAUCCUAUGCAUCCAUAUUCUCGAAGAGCAGCUGCAAGUCUAAUCAUCUCUCACGUCGACAGUCAAGAGCGCUCUCUGCAACUUUACACCAAUCACAACGGUCCAGUUGAAGAUGGAAGGUUGGCUAUACUAUUUCCAUGAAAUAUGUAUGUGAUGCAGCUGAAAGCUCUGACUUUUGGUUGAUAACACUUCGACAGAGGCGGUUCAUUUAAAUUACAAAAUAAUUUCUCACUUUUCUGUCCUCUGAACGUGGGGAUCAUUUUGACACAUCCAGAGUUCUGCCACACACAACUAAUAAAGAUUACAAUGACACAUUCAGAACAUCUACAUAUGAUCAAAGGGACAAGAAAAGAGAAGAACAACAUUUAUUUGUAUUUAUUUGUGCUAAUUUAAACCCUUUUGAAAUUCAGCUAAGAACACAGCGCCUCACAAUCUCUAAAACUUGGAACAAUAACACCAAAACUCUCCCUGACUAUUACUUUCCUGUCGUGGUAUCUAAACAUGCCAGUGGCCACUCCACAGGUACCGUCUCAUUCCGGCCAAUACAGCAGAUCAUAAUCUUCCCUUUUUGCUGACAUUGUUGGAAAUGUGUGAAUUAAAUAAUGCGUUUGUUACUGUGGUCUCAAAGGUGUUGCGCUGGACUACAUUAUAUUGAGGUGCAUCGCUCUCAAUAUGAUGUAGUCCAGUUCAACGCCAUCACUAAAUUAUAGAGAGUUGAAUCUUUUGAAACUGCCGUGAAGAUUAUCAGAUGCAUACAUAAUAUAUUUUAAAAAAAGUUAGUAAAUGCAUAUUUUCAUAUUUAAGCCAAUAAUGUCUACGAGCUGAGCCCUAGAUGAUUUUAUGCACACGCCCCACCAGCUGCACAUUUAUUCCAAAAAAUGCAACGCAAUGCAAAAAUACUCUUAAACAUUUCUUUGUUAUAUAACCUUAUUUAACAUGCCUCUUGUCACUUUACUGAUUUUAGAGUUAACUUCUUAACCUCAAUCGCACCUCGGGCUGCAACUAACGUUUACUUUCAUUAUUGAUUAGUGUGGUAUUGUAUUAAGUGAUUCAUCUUUUGUUCUGUAUUAUGUAAUUUCUUAGAGCCCAUGGUGACAUUUUUUAAUCUUUUUUGUCUAACCAACGGUAAAAUACCCAAAGAUAUUUAGUUUACUCAAAGUAAUUCCAGGAAACAAAUCCUCACUUAUCUCAAACUGGCAUUUUGCUUCAACAAUUAAUUGAUAAUCAGUUAGUAGUUUUCUGUUUAACUGUUUCAGCCCUAAUCACUUUUUUACCCGAGCACUAGCGAGACUGCACAACAAAUAAUUUCGACGAGGAUUACUUUAUAUUUUUUCUGAAAGAAUAAUGAUCAAAAUAAAUAUUGCGCAACACAUUAUUUUGAAAAACAAAUGUCUGUUGUCUGGUCGAUUAACUAUGUAAUAAGGAUUGUUCUGCAAUUUGUUGUUACUUAGCGGCCAACGCAUGUCAAAUACAAAUAUAGCUGCAACAAGUUGAUAUCAGCCGGCCAGUUUCUGGGUUAGGCUCUAAUCAUAAGAAAAUCAAUGCAAAACUUUUGAUGUAAUUAUCUUCCCCCUUGAUCGAGCACCGUGUGAGCCUCACCAUGUGAGCUGUGAUCUCCGCUAAUACCGGUGCUACAAGCCUGCAGCCUUACACGUGUAACCGCAGAGACGCCCAGUGGAACCCAAUAUGGGGAUGCCGAAUGGCGCUGGUUCAAUGGAGUCUCGAGAUGUGGGAGCAAAGCAGGCGUUAGUACUUAACCGAUGAGGUCAUGGUGUUGGGUCGUACUUUUGGGUGGUUUCCAAAAACCAAGCACAAUGAAUUGAUGUUGUCUGGCAGAACGAAUGUUUCACUACUUUUAUGAAAUGAAGUGCUGAUGUAAUGUGUGUGUGUGUGUGUGUGUAUGCCAUAAAGUUAAAGUUUUAAAGCCUUAGAUGACACAUACAGGGCAGAAAACACGUGUGCCCUCAUUUAGCAUUAGUUUCCAAUAAUGAAUGUUUACCACUAAGCCUGUACUGUAUCACAUCAGUCACUUGUCUAUACUUGUGUUAUUUGAUAAAUAUUGUUUUUGAUAAUCGAUUGUUACUAAAUAAACUGUUUGUUGUUGUA